AUGUGUUCUUCUACAACCAUCUUCUUCAUUGCGGCGCCCUUUCUCGGCGGCGCCGGCACUAAAUUUGCCUCACGCUCCGCCGUGCCAACGACGCUAAAGUUCCGGCGUGCUCACAAUUACUCAUCAAUCAUCAUCCAUUCUUCUUCUACCUUUUACGAGGUCCUGGGGAUUGAGGCCGGGGCGACGUCUCAGGAUAUAAAGAAGGCCUACCGGAAUCUAGCCCGGGCUGUCCACCCUGACGUGGCGCCGGCGUCGUCCAACGGGUCUGAGUCAUCGGCUGACCUGUUCAUCAAGAUCCACGUGGCUUACUCCACGUUGUCCGAUCCUGGAAAGCGAUACGAUUACGACAGGAAGCUUUGUCAGCGCCGCCAGCUAUGUGGUCAGCCGCGCCGGAAUUGGGAAACUGAUCAAUGCUGGUAACUAGCUAGCUAGCUCGCUCAAUCGACAGUUGUAUUUAUUUAUAUCAAUUUGGAAAUGCUU